AUGGCUGGGCUCGAGCCCAACAUCUACUGGUCGACGGCCAUCACAUGGAUCGCGGCGUCGGUGGCCAUGGUGAUGCGCUUCAUGGCCCGGCGAAUAACGAAGCAGCCCUGGUGGUGGGAUGAUACAUUUUGUGUCCUUACCUAUGUGGGGACCAUCCAUUGGUACCUCGGUCAAUACAUGCCCGACGACCUCAGCGACGCCGAACGAGACCUAAUCCUUCACAAUGGACGAUUCAUCGGAUUCUUCAACUCCCUGACGUAUGCCUUUGCGAUUGCCUCUGCGAAAUUGGCCAUCCUCUUCCUCUACUGGCGAAUCUUUCAGCUAUCAUCGAUCCGACUACCAAUGCAGAUCAUGAUUACCAUGUGUUUUAUCUGGAUCAUCGUUCGGACGUUCAUGACCAUCUUUCGCUGCCUCCCAGUACAGGCAUAUUGGGAUAAGACGAUUCCUCACGCCGUCUGCAGGAUCCGGGAUACAGAAUUCUUCUUUAGCACGGUACUUACGCAUUUCUUGAUGGAUCUUGCCAUCUUGGUCUUGCCUAUCAUCGAGGUCUUCAAACUCCGCCUGCGCAUGGGCCAGAAGAUUGCUGUGGCCGCUCUCUUCAUUGUUGGUUCCAUUGUUUGUCUCGCGUCGGUAUUCGCCAUUGUCGAGGCCCUCAGUUAUAAUCCGAAGUCAACACAAAUGCCCCAUGACUAUGGCAUGUACUGCGUCUGGGGAUCAGUCGAGAUCAAUAUUGCCAUUGUAUCUGCUUGCUUCCCCCUACUUCGACCUGUCAUCCGCAACAUCUUCCCCGCCCGCUUCCUCAGCUCCUACUACGGCAGAAGUAGCAGCCAACCCAUCAGUCGUCCCAGCCGUGCUAUCCGACUGGCUACAAUAUCGAGAACAAAUAGGGAAAAGGAGAAUGACGAAACGAGUUCGACGCAUCAACUGGCCGAUAUCGAAAGUGGUGUCUCGGACGUUAGCGACUUCGACGUGGCGCCUAGGCCGGUACAUAGUCAUGAGGGUAUUCGUACCGUGAUAUCGAGUCCAUAUCGUGAGGACAUGGAUCAUAAUGGGGCUGGGAUACAUGUACAGAAGGACAUGGUAGUCGAAGUGGUGGCGACGAAAGGGAGUGAGAGAUGA